CGAAUUCCUUGCAUGUGCUUGAAGAUUUGUUGUGUCCUUGUCUUGAUAUUUAACUUGCAACUGGUGAUGGGCUGUGGCUCAGAUGAGUAUCGUUUUCAGGAUCUUUGCUGUCCCAUGUGUCAUGCAGGUUCUCGUGUUUCUAAACACUGUACAUCAAUAUCACAAACCACAUGUGUUCCCUGUGCUCGUGGAGCUUUCACAGAUCGUCCAAAUAGUUUAGAAAAGUGUAUGAAGUGUAAAUAUUGCGAUCCAGAGCUAGGAGUCUAUGCACGGCAAGAAUGCACUGAAACCCAGGAUGCAGUGUGUGACUGCAAAGAGGGCUACAUUUGCUUAGCAAAAACAAAAGAUGGAUGUCAUAUGUGUGCAAAAUCUAUGCCACAUAUUUUCAACAAAAGUAGAAACAUCAAAGGUGAUCCGAGACAUCAUGAAGCAAGACCAACAACAGAAUCCGAAAUUAUCCACAGUGAUGCCAUCAUUAAGUUUUUAAAUCAGGAUGACACAAAGAAUCCAAUGCUACUUGGAAACAAAACCGCAAAGAAGAAAUCUGUUCCUAAAUCUGAAAUAGCAGCUACAUACCGGAAAGAAGAGCCAGCUCCAGAAACAACCACAGGGAAACCAAAACUGGGGCUUGGGCAGGAUCCUUUACCAAUGACAAAAGCAUUGAUGACAUUGAUGCAAACAAUUGAUCCAGCAUUUCCAAAAGAAUCCUUAAAGCUGCAGGAGGCAGGGAACACAGCCAUUGUAGAAUUACAAAACACUACAAAGACUGGCUUAACUGGCUUGCAGACUGUUAUGCAAACUGGGCUAGCGAGUAUUCGAACUACUAUUCAGUCUGGAAUGGUAGGCCUACAAGGUGCAGUGAAAACUGGCAUGAUAGAUAUUCAGAAUGUACUGCAGACUGGAAUGACUGGUAUUCAAGAAACCUUAAAGUCUGGGAUGGCUGAUAUCAAAGGUAUCAAGAAUGGUCUCAGUCAGGUUGAGAACACUCUGAAGCAACUACAAACAAAUUCACAAUCUAACUUAGUUCAAAUGACCAAGCAGGUUGGUGCACUGGUCAAUGUUCUGACAAAACUUGCCUCGAACCAGUCAGUGUCCUUCAUCCACCUGAGGGAUAUCUCUUGUAAGCUUUUCAAUAAAACAGAGGCAAAGUCAGAGAUAAAUCAAUUCCCGAUAAUACCAAAUUAACAUUAAAAUACAAAUAAGGCUCAUGAGAUAGACCUUGAAUAGGUUCUCAAAACAGAUUCUUAAGCUC